AUGCCGGUAAAACCCGUGUCUGGAAUUCCGGAGGCGCCCCCCCGGUGCGUCACCUGGGUCGGUGACGCCGCCCUUCCCCCACAAGACCGUGGUUUGCGUGUCCUUGGGAGCCCGGUCGGUACGGACGAGUAUGUUGCUGCGCAACUCCAACACCUUUCAGCGCAGCACCGUGCUCUCCUCGAGUUGCUCCCCGGCAUCCACGACUUGCAAGUCUCCUGGCUGCUCUUGUUGUACUGCGCUUCUCCUCGCGUGCACUACUGCCUGCGGUUGCUCCCACCGGCGCUCACUGCCGUCUUCGCUGCCACUCAUGACCGCAACAUCUUGUGCUGUCUCGCCCAGCUGCUCCAGCUCGUCCUCGGUGGUGCCGACCCGUUGCCCCACUUUGCAGCCGCGCGUGCGCACCUGUGUUUGCGGCACGGUGGGCUUGGACUUCGCAGUGCUGCCGAGCACGCGCCUGCAGCUUACUUCGCAUCUCGGGCUGACUCGCUUGGGGCACUCCGUCUCCGUGAGCCUGAGUUCUGUCGCGCCAUCGCUGGCCAGCUCGAUGACGCAGCUUCGGCACCUUCACUCCCCCGUUGUCUGAGCUCUCUUGCCGGUGCUGUCCUCGUCCUCCGUCACGUCGGCUUCCAACCCCCCGCGUUCGGCCAGCUACCCUUGCAUCCCCCUGUCCCCCCUGCAAACCCUGACGAGCCGGACGAGCCAGUUGAGACCAUUCGGGGCUGGCAGCGCCCAGCCUCGCGUGCUGUUGACGACUGCAGUGCCGGCCGCCUCCGCGCCGCUUUCGACCCCACCUCGGUUGCACUGCUGGACUCCCAGACAACUUCGAGGAGUACCGGCGGCGCCUGGGACUCCGUGCGUUACACGAUUACGGACAACGUGUUCGCAAGAGUCAAAUUCUGGGGACUCCAGAAACUCAAGCGAGAGGCGGUCGAGGAACCGCUGGUCGCGGCCAGGAAGUGCGGCGACAGGGCUCAUCCUGGGAUGGGUGGGCCGAAGAUGGAUCCUGGCACGGGAGUGCCGGGACUGGUGGCUGGCGGGACAACGAGAACUGGAGCUACGCUGGAGAGGCAAGCGGGACUACGAGAAUUGGAGCUACGCUCUGGGACGGGGUCCCGCAAGGACUUCGGUGGCGAGAAGAAUUGGAGUUGGAAGGAUGGCUACGGGCCAGCCACCCAGGCUCGUUGGUCUAAGUGGGAAGCGGACUAUGUAGGACCAACGAGGGAGGCGAGCUCCGAGUGGUCUUCGGGAACGGGGACAGAGGAGGAGCUCGACAAGAGCUACUUGGAGUGGAAGAGAGCGGCCCAGCUUGUGAAACACUUGAGCAACGAGGAUGUUAACAAGAGCGACGGCAAGGAGAUCAUCCUCCGGGCCCUCGAGAAGUCUCCUUUGAUAAGACAGCUGGACAAGCACCGCGUGGACGAGCACAGGCGCCGGCUGAUGAGUUUGAACCGGGCCCCCGGAGAGUCGAUGGAGAGCUACGUGACCCGAGCUUCGAUCUACAGGACGCAUCUGUUGUCUAUGGAUGAGAGCAUGGCUAUGGGUGAGGCUUUCUACGUGGGACAUCUGGUGGACCACGCCCAUGUGACGAGGCCGGACCGGGCCAUGGUCAAGACGAACGCCGGCAGCGAGACCGACGAGCUCCUUGUGACCAACGCCCUCAUCGAGCUGGCCUGCGAGCUGGAGGGCGAGAGUGGAUACCCCAUUGGGGCUUCGGAGCCGAAUGCGGCUCGGAAUGGGGAAGAAUGGCUGCUGCAGCGAGGGGAGGGCCGAGGUGGACGGUUGGUGCCCAACAAGCCGGCCCGAGGAGUGUUCGCUGCGGAGGUACCCAGUGCUGAGCUCAGCGCCGACGAUGGCGAGACCAGGAUUGACGAUCCAGGCGAGGAGUCGCUAGACGAGGUAGACUACCCGCCAGAGCUUGCGGCGGCGGUGAACGAGGCCUACGGCAUCCAGCACCGCGCCAAGCAGAAGAUUGCUGAGGUCAAGAAGCUCCGGCAGUACUACCGCAGGCCGGACCCUGAGGAGCGCAAGAAAGCAUUGGCAGAGCAGAUGCGGAAGCACCCUUGCCAUGCAUGUGGACAAUAUGGCCACUGGAGCAGGGAGUGCCCGGGCGGUGCGAAGGGGCAGGCAACUUUGGGGGCGACCAAGGAACAGCCUCAAGCCGUUCUGGCCGCUACCUCGCGGAGAGGGAGCACGGGCAAUCUGCCGACGCUGGCCGAGGAGGAUGAAUGGCAACUCUUAGCAUCGAUGUGCCGGGACCCUGGCAGCCGAAAGCGGCCCGAACCGAGCCAGCACUUCGUGGCAGUGGAGCUAAGUGCCAUCAACGAGAUCAUGUGGUCGAUGCAGGCCGAAGGUCGAUGGUGUCGGGUGAUGGAGGAGCGCGAGGCCUUCAAGUUCGGGGACGGUGAGUUUCUGGUGCUCAAGCCGAGCCCCACACUGCGCCGAAGCCCUGUGAAGCACAUGGCAGCCUCCGCGUCCACGCCGAAAUGCCGCAUCUGCCAGAGCAGCGAGCACAAGACCCGGGAUUGUCCCCAGGUGGACUCGGAUGCCGAGAGCUUCUCCUUGAUCUACCACAAGGAGAUGGACUUGGAUGCUGGGGAGGACCGGGAUCGACUGAGGAAGCCAGCCCAGCCACGUGGGGCGAGGCCAAAGUCGGCAGCGGCGCCGGCGACACCGAGCGAGGCCAAGGAGAAGAACCCCACCGAGGAGACCGUGAGCGCCCUGACGAACGAGGAGGUGGAGUUCAUCCGCAAGCGCCGCGAGAAGCAAGCAGUUUCGCGGGCCCGAAUGAUGGAUCGCAGUGCCUUGACCGGCGAACUGGCGAACUUCCCCUCCGAGGAACUCGGCUUGAAUAUAGCAGGGUCCACGGCCAGCCGUAUGAGAACAUGGUGUUGGAAAAAGUUGGUCUGGAUGGUCAGGAUCAAGCAUGCAGUGGAGCGGGAUGGAGACCGGAGGUGGAAAAGGAACAGGAGGUGGCUUGCCGGAUUGCUGGGGAAGGAGAUUGCCUCCCUCUUCGGCCAUUUUGGGGUCAAGGAAGGUCUCGAGGGGAUCCGCAUUGUGGAGAAGGCCGCUCAGGACGAUGGCCGGUGGGUCCUCCUGGAGAUCUUUGCGGGCACGGGACAGAUGUCUGCAAUGGCGGCCCGCCGAGAAGGGUGGCGGAUCCUCGAGCCCAUCGACUUGACUACGGGAUGGGAUCUGAAGGACGCCGACGGUCACUACGAGAGGCGGAGGCAACAGCUCCGUCUAUGGGAGCUUGUGGGCGAGGUCUGGAACCUCCAGGUGGCCGGCCGACGACUGGUCAUGGUGGAGCAGCCGGUGCAGUCUCGGGCUUUCGAGCUGGAGUGGAUGCGCGACCGCGAGGAUGUUGUUCGGGCGGUUGUACAUCAAUGUGCGUUCGGACUCAAAGACCCCGAGAACCAGCGCCCCUACCGGAAGCCGACGAUCCUCGAGGUCAAUGACCCGGUCAUGGCGAAGGGUCUGCUGAAGGGGGCGUACCGCACGCAUCGCCUGGAAGAGCACCAAGCGAUCAGCGGGGAGUGUUUGAGCGGCGGCGCCAUUCGACGAAGGUCGGCGGUGGCGGCUGAGUGGCCGCGUGGGUUCUGCGAGCAUGUCCUGCGUGCAGCUGAGAUGGCGCUCGGGAAGCCAGCGCCGGGACCGGUGCAUUGGUCUUUGACGGCGGAGAUUACGGGGUCACUGUGGGAGGCCGCACCGGUGACGAGCAGCGGGACCCCGGAGGAGGGGGUCCGAGAGCAGUUAGCAAAGCACGGCGCCACCGGCAACCGUUACGACUACAUCUACUUCGAGGGCGAGGAGGCGCAGCAACCUAGGCGGCUCAGGGCAAUGGUGGCACAUGUGCAUGUCACACUUGGACACUUGUCGAAUGAUCGGCUGGCUCGGAUGUUCAUUCUGAGUGGUGCGCAGAAGGGUGUGAUUGCCCUUGCCAAGUCCCUGCGGUGCCAGAUUUGCGCUAUGGUGCGACCCCCAGGACAGACGCCUAAGGUCUCCUACCGGAAGCCGAAGCACUUCAACGAGAGGGUGUCCGGAGACACCUUUUUCGUUUGGGACGCCGAUAAUAAGAAGUACGCGGUCACUCACUUCUUGGACGCCCUGACCGAUUACCACAUCGGGGACCUCACUGAGAACCUCACCUCGAACUUCGCCCGGGAGGUCCUCACUGACUUGUGGUACGGUGUCUUUGGCCCUCCGGAUCAAUUGGUCACCGACGGAGGCAUGGAGUUUCGCGGCUCCGUGGAGGCCCUGAACUCGCUCUUAGGGGUGUUGCACGAGGUGGUCCCCGAGGGAGCCAAGUGGAGGAUGGGCCAAGCGGAAGGGCACGGGGCCGUGGCUAAGCUCAUGGUCAUGCGCAUGGUCCGGGAGCUCAACUUGAAGGGUGUCGGGGAGAUGAGACGGGCUGCCAUCUCGGCAUUUGCGGCUAAGAGCCGGACGUGCAACAAUGGCGGUGUCUCCCCUAUGCAGGCCGUGACGGGGAGGAACGUGAUGUUGCCCGGCUCGAUCAUGGACCAGAUCACAUCUGGAAAGGUGAGGUUCAGGUUCAAUGAGGCCGCGACCAAGAGUGAAGCAGUGGCCAGGGCUGAGCGGAUCCGAGCGGGAGCCGUGGAGUCCUUCCACUGGCUGGAUGCCCAUCAAGCUCUUCGCAGGGCACUCGCAGCCAAGUCGAAGCCACCGGACAUUGAGGGCAUCAAGGAGGGCACGGUGGUGUAUGUGUACGAACCCCCACCUUCAAGGCGCGGCUUGGCGCGGCGAUUGCAGGACAACUUGAGCUGGUCCGGACCAGGUGUGGUUGUCUGUGUGGAGAAGGACGCGGAGAUUCCCCGCCGACUCUGGGUGCGACUGCGGGGUAAGGUCAAGGCCUUUCCUCUCGAAAAGGUGAGGCUUGCCACGGCGGACGGCGACCCCGAGGACGAUGCAGACGUCGGCGGGGAUGAGAAAGAUCGCCGAGAGCGCCGGGCCAAGUUGCUGGAAGACGUUCCCCAUUCGGUGAAACAGCGUCUCUUCGAGAAGUUGUCAAAACAGUUCGGGGGCCCCUACCAAGCUCCAAGAGGCCGAGCUCCGGAGUCGCAUGGACCAGGCCGUCAGGGCGGUGCGGAAGGUCAUCAACCGCCACAAGAAGGAUGGCCAAGGAGCGACCGUGCGGCAGGCAGCCAAGGGCAAGCUGAGGUGGAAGUGUUCGCCAUGGAGGGGGACCUACCAUUGCCUCAUCUACGUGCGGGCGAGCUGGAGGCCAUGAUCCAGGACACCGUUGGCCAUUGGACUUUGUGGACCGGGAGCUCUACGUGGGCGGGGAAGCAGGAGAUCCUCGAGGUGAGCGCCGAGAUCCGACGUCAGGAGUGGGAAGGCGUCACGGAGGUGGUGACGGGCCGGGCCAGGUCCGAAUACCGUUGGGCCGACUUGGAUGAAGCCUGGAGACAAGCCUAUAUCGCUCCUCUCAAGAAAGCGAUUCAAGUGUACGUGGAGCACGACGGCAUCCGAGGCGUACCCCAAGGACAGAUGGUCGACCCUGGGCGCAUUUUGGGGUCUCGCUUUGUACUCACCAACAAGGGAGGUGAGGAGUUGGCCGAGGCCGAGCUAAGGGCGAGGUGGAUCUUCGGAGGCCACAGAGACCCGGACGCUGGUCUCUAUGCUACAUCCUCACCUACGGCAAUAAGUUUGCUGGGCCAUAACCUUAUCAACUUUGUGGCGGCGCAAAAGAAAUGGGUGGUCCACUACGAGGAUGUGAGCUCGGCUUUUCUACAAGGGAAGGAACUUCCCCGGAAGGAGAAGAUCUACGUGAAGGUCCCCAAGGGCUACCCCGACGAUACCUCGUGGAGCAGCUGGGCGCAGAUUGCCCAGCGGCUAUGGUACCUGGAGUACAAGGACUGCAUCCAAGACCUCGGCCUGGAGGAGAUGAAGCUGAUACCGGGCGUCUUCCGGGCCUUCCACCCACCGCUAAGGCGAGAACUUAGGGCGAUGGCCAGCAUCCACGUGGACGAUACAAGGUUUGCGGGGGAUGAGACCUCGGGCGAGAUCUGGGCCCGUCUCCGGGAGCGCUUGAAGUUUGGGAAGCAUCGGCAGGCGACGGAGGGAUGGGUCAAGUUCUGCGGCCGCUGGGAGCGACAGGACCCAGUCACCUACGAGAUGGAGUACUCGAUGGACGAGUAUGUCAAGAAUAUUCCUUUGGCAAAGGCACCCCCGGAUCCGAAAGCGGGUCCAGAACACCACCGAGCAUCUUCAUCGACAUCUACACCAUCGACUGGGGUCCUGAAGGAGCAGAGUGGGCCAGAACACCGCCAAGCAUCUUCGUCGACAUCCACACCAUCGACUGGGGUCCUCACUGAACAUGAGUCAGACAUCUGGGAGGUCCUUCAACGGCGGGUCGUAGAGACCGAAUCCGAUGGUGUGCUCACGGAGGGGGAGAAGAAGCUCAUCAGCUCUCUGGUGGGACAGCUGAAUUGGGCAGCACGGCAAGGAAGGUAUGACCUGUCCUAUGUGGCAUCCUUGGUCCAACAGCUGGCCGGACACAAUCGAAAGGAUGCUCUGCGGUGGCUCAACCUAGGCAUCAAGCGGGCUCAAGAGACCUUGAACUUUAAGGUGAGGAACCUCGGGUGCCCGCUGGACGAGAUGCUGGUGGUUUCGGUCAGUGACGCAGCCUACGGGGCCAUGCCAGGGGGGCAUAGCCAAGGGGGCAACCUAGUGAUGUUGGGCCAUCCCAGCAUUUUGCAGGGAACGGGGCCACUGUGCAUCCUCGAGGGGAACAGCACCAAGAUCCACAGGGUGGUGAGAUGCUCCAUGUCAGCAGAGAUAUCAGCUCUCACCACAGCCUAUGAGCGUGGCGACUUCGUGAGGGCAACGCUGGCCGAGCUCAUCAACCCGGAGUUUGAGCUCGACAAUUGGAACAAGCAUGUAGCCAAGUGGACCCACAUCCUCACGACGGACGCGAAGACCGGCUACGAUGCUAUAUCCAGUGAGGCCAUGCCGGCCGAUAGGAAGAUUGCCAUCGACGUGGCCGUCUUAAGGCAAGCAGUGCUUGAGGAGGGCGUUGGCGCCUUGGUGCGGUGGGUUCCGGGCUCCGAGAUGGCCGCCGACGGGCUCACCAAAUGGGGCCACAACAAAGUACUUUCCCGGGUGAUCUCUCGCGGCGAAUGGGCGCUAGCAGACAAUCCACAAGCUCAAGAGCUACGCCGGCCAGAAGCGAAGUGUUUCGCCAGAGGGGAGACGCAUCCGACGAAGCCACAGGAGGCUCAGACAGGGCAAGUGUGUGAAAAGACCAGAAGAACCAUGGAUUCUUUCGACUUCCUCUCUGGAUUUGGAGUUGAUGUUGGGAAGGCUCGUGACAUUUGA